AUGACCCAUGAAAACGGGAAGCGCAAGGCGAGCGAGGAGCCCUCGUCGCCAACCGCCUCGAAGCGCUUAAAACAGGAUACCCCCGCCGAGCCCGAGAAGAAGCCCAAACUCCCUGCCAUUCCUUUCCCAGAGAAGCCUGCCGUUAUCGAAGAGCGCAAUGGCGAGAUCGAGUUCCGGGUCGUGAACAAUGACAACGAGCGAGAGAGUCUGAUCAUCCUGACGGGCCUAAAAUGUAUCUUCCAGAAACAGCUGCCUAAGAUGCCGAAGGAUUACAUCGCUCGACUCGUCUACGACCGGACGCAUCUGUCCAUCGCCAUCGUAAAGAAGCCGCUCGAGGUGGUGGGCGGGAUCACGUAUCGGCCAUUCAAGGGGCGGCGCUUCGCCGAGAUUGUCUUCUGCGCCAUCUCGUCGGACCAGCAGGUCAAGGGCUACGGCGCGCAUCUAAUGUCGCAUCUGAAAGACUACGUCAAGGCGACCUCGGACGUGAUGCACUUCCUGACAUACGCCGACAACUACGCUAUCGGCUACUUCAAGAAGCAGGGGUUCACCAAGGAGAUCACGCUGGAUAAGAGCGUGUGGAUGGGCUACAUCAAGGACUACGAGGGCGGCACGAUCAUGCAGUGCAGCAUGCUGCCGCGCAUCCGCUACCUGGAGAUGGGCCGCAUGCUGCUCAAGCAGAAGGAGUGCGUGCACGCCAAGAUCCGCGCCUUCUCCAAGUCGCACAUUGUGCACCAGCCCCCGAAGCAGUGGAAGGCCGGCGGCGUGUCCGCCAUCGACCCGCUGACCAUCGAGGCCAUCCGCGCCUCGGGCUGGUCCCCGGACAUGGACGAGCUGGCGCGCCAGCCGCGCCACGGCCCCAACUACAACCAGCUGCUGCACCUGCUCAACGACAUGCAGAACCACGCGUCCGCGUGGCCCUUCCUCGUCCCCGUCAACAAGGACGACGUCGCCGACUACUACGACGUCAUCAAGGAGCCCAUGGACCUCAGCACCAUGGAGUCCAAGCUCGAGGCCGACCAGUACCCCACGCCCGAGGAGUUCACCAAGGACGCCAAGCUCAUCUUUGAGAACUGCCGCCGCUACAACUCCGAGAACACGCCCUACACCAAGAGCGCCAACAAGCUCGAGAAGUACAUGUGGCAGCAGAUCAAGGCCAUACCCGAGUGGUCGCACCUCGAGCCUUAG